AUGGCGGUCGUUUUGGACGAAGAAGUCUUCCACCCUCUAAAUCUUUUGCUUAAGGUAAGAAAAAUUAUCAGACGAUGGAAUCAUUUAUGAAAGCAAAAAGAACAUAAGAAUAUGCAGAUUCUAAGUGAGAUUUCAAAAUACAUACAUACAUACAUACAUACAUACAUGUGUAUAGCUUUAUUUGUUAACUCAGGUUGGUAAAAGUCAAGCAGAGGCUGAUGUGGACCAGACCUGCCUAUCUAAAAUGAAAUUCCAGUUAAUUUUGCAGACAUAAUUGCUAAAAUCGUAGUAGUGAUAUCACUUGCAAGUACCCUACAAGCAGAGGCCCUUCGAUCUUCCUUGAUAAUUCGGAAAUCUUCCUGACUUAUUUAGGACUUAUUUACCUUGCACGUAAGGUAACUUGCAAGGACACUUCUCUAUCAUUGGCGGUGUUCUUCGUCAGUCAGCCUUUGUGGAGAUGGAAGGACAAACCAUUCUGCAGUAAUUAUAAUUCCAGCCCUUCUUUCUGACAGAAUUUUGAUAGGGAACCAGGGAUUCACAUGUAUGACAAGUUUGAAAUAGUUACCUUGAGAUAAAUUUUGAUUUAGCCAAGGCUAAAAGCGAAGCUCCUGUUAAUAAAUGUAUAUAAUUUCAUCAAGCAAUGAACUUGUAACCACCAAUGCGAAGAAAUCCACUUGGUUUUGAGCCUGUGAUCAGUUGAAAACUAGUAACUUGGCAGUGGAGAACUUUGAUGGAUCAACACCUUAGCCCCCAAUAUGGUCUUAUGAUACUGUGGAUACCCUUUUUUGGCAGCUGUCAAUUGACUGCAACAUUCACCACAAAAUGCACCUUAUUUGCCACCCCCCAAAUUUUGCAUAAGCAUUGUUUUCUAUUUCUCUUGGGACGGCUGUAAUUCCAAGGACAAAUGAAAAACGAAGCUUAUGUGAAAUUUUGGGGAGCAAACAAGUUGUAUUAUGGGAGAUGUGCAAAUGGUGAAUGGAUGUACAAUAUAUUAGGUUGCAGGCUCCCACCCUAGCUAGAAAGUGUGAGACCACAUUGGUUGCCCUGUGGUAUGGACGGACGAAUGGACACACAGUCACUUACGAAAAUUUCUUCGACUGGUAGAUAAGCAAAUUUUCUUUAGCUAUGGGGUCUGGCUCGUCGGCGGUUCGUGCAUGCAUGGGGCUCCACUAUAAUCUGUGGAAGUACAAAAGUUAAAGAGCAUUAAUUUUGUUGUCACUUUACACUAGGCCCAGUCAAAAGAUGUUGUUCGAACCCUCUUUCAUGAGGCAUUUAGGUACAGAAAUGAUGAAGGUUAGUAAUGUUAUGGCUUUAUUUAUUAUUUUAAUGUACCAAAGAUAAGCAAGUCAAUUAGCUUUUUACAAUGAAAACCUUGGAGCCAUGUCUCCACCCCAUGGGGGGUGGGGGAUAAUACUUUUGCCUUGUUCACACCUGAGCCUUUUACUUGAUACAAGGUUUACUUAAUAACACUGAAGGGAGAAUUUUAAUCAAAUUACCAUUUGAUACAAGUCAGGUUUAAUGACUUGGGACAAGUCACCCUUCAGAUGGAUGGGCCAUUUCAUUUGCCUGCUAUGUAGGUCACCCUUACAUGUGAUUAUCUUUUUUUUUUUAUUCCAGUGCCAAUAUCUGUACUUCAGAGUGUUACAAAAUCUCUUGAUGUGAGCCUUAAUGAAGCACGGCAGGUAUAGGAAACAAGUAAAUAGCUUCAACCUUUCCAUUCCUUCACUGUGCGAAUCGUGCAGAGGUUGUAAUCACUCCAAGUAUUACAGUCAAGCCAGGUCAAGUGUACCCCCCAAGAUUCCAUUUAUGACUUUGUUAGUCAAAAGUUGAAUCCACUGGUGGUUGCAGAUUUCAGAUUCAUCUCUGCAUUCUUGCAUGCAUAAUGAGCCGUGAAUUCCCGCACUAGGCAGUUACGACAUUUCUACCAGCUCAGUUUCCCUGAAUUUAAUGUGAAUGUCUUCUAAGAAAUAUAAUCCAUUCAAAGAUUUUUUACCUUACCAGAUGCAGAGAAGUUUUCGUAAAUAUUCACUGCUCACCACGACGCAUGCUGGAAUGCUGUUUUGAAUUUUGACACUAGUUUCGGGAAUGACUAACAGAUUCAUUUUUCAAAUAAUCAAUUCAUUUUAAUAGAAUCUUGGAGGGUACACUUGACCUGUCUUGACUGUGAUGUGUUGACAAAAUCCUGUGGGGUUACCAUUUAAAUGAAACGUCUUUGACAGAACUUUUACACAAUGCUAUUUAUCUUUUAGGAUUUAACAAAAAGCAAUUUAAACAUUUUGUGAAUUUUCUUUCCAGAUUGAUCGUAGAAUCUGGCUUUUAUCUGACUUUGCUAUCAUCAUUUAUGAAGCAAUAAUAUCGUUUCCCUUUUUAACUUUUCAGCUGUUAGAGAGUCUAAUUUCUGUGAUUUGUGCUGCUUUGUUUGAAUGUCUCUUGGACCCUAAAGCAGUCUAUGAACUGUUUCCAGGUAUGAUAUGUUGAGUGUAUGUUACCCAAACCCCCACGUGGACAACAGUGUAAACCCUUACAUGUAACUUUUUAAAACUCUACGAUCCCAGAUCAACAACUGUUGUCAUUGCAUCUGUUAAUAAUUAGUAUAGAACUUUCUUACUAAAAAGGGAAAUGAAAAACAAAACAUUUUAUGUUGUUAAGAGGGUUGUAGUUAUUCAGCGUGUAAAAAAAUUGCAUUGUCAGAGGAUAACUUUGGACUCUCUUCUUGACUAUUUCUUCCGCUAAUUGAUAGAGAACUUUCACAAGAAUCUGAGAGAGCUGAUUUCAAAGAUCAUCGCCGAAUCUAUGUAAGUGAAUUAAUAAUUUACUGUGCAUUUACUUUGAACAACAAAGAUUGCUCACAAUGAUAGACAUAUAUCUCUUUUUUCAUCACCGUCAGCGUCUGGUUAGGUUUCUGUGUGAGUGUUAUGAAAAGUGGAGAAGCUUGACUUUUUUUGUUGUGGUGGUGAUUUGUUUAGAUCAUCUGAAAACAUGACUUUCAGCCUAAGUUACAAGUGCUUUCAGUUAUUAGAUCUGGUUUCUAAAGUCAGAGUAAAAGUAACUGCAAUCAUUGUUUCAGGCCAAUAUGGAGAACAAAUGCAACAAAUGAACAAGGUGAGUUGUGUGUUUGAAAAUGGCUUGACAUUUGGUUUCUUUGAUCAAGACUGCACUGACCUUACUAACGUAUUAAAGUACUCAAACGUAAACGUCUUAAACUUUAAGCCUUUUCCUCCUAAACAGUUAAUUUGGGCGCGUCAGUUAGGCACUGAGAUGUGGUCCAAGAUCAACAGAAGAACACGCGUGCGAGAGUGGGAUACGCCCGCGUAAGAAGGACACGCGUGAAAGAACGCGAUUCGCGGGCGUAAGCGGGAUACGCAUUCGGGAGCGGAAUAUGCGUGUGGAAGCGGGAUACGCGUAUGGUAGCUGGAUGUGCAUUUUGGAGCGGAAUACCCCUGCGGGAGCGGGAUAGGCCUACGAAAGUGGAAUAUGCGUGCGAGAGUAGGACACGCGUGCGGAUGGAGGGCACGCGUGUAGGAGUAAAACAUGCGUGCUCAUGUAGGAGCUUAAAAAUUUACUGAGUAGUCGCUCUUAACUCAUUUUCUCGAUUCCAGUUUCACUUCCAAAGCUGAUUGACUUUAAUUGGCGUGUGGACGUAAAAACAUCGUCGAACGCUAUUGGUAGAAUGUCUAUGCCGACAUGUAUCAUGCAACUACAGGUCAGUGUAACAGGCUACUUAUUUCAUGAUAAACUGGGCAAAAAUGUUUAGCGUGCAUACAGAAUUUUAUUCUUGUUUCCGAUUGUUUUCAAGGUUCAAGAAAACGCUAGGGAGCAGAACGCCAUGCCUGCGGUACGCCGCCUGAACGUAGAGCUAACAAAAGAAAAGCUGGACACCAUGUUAGAUGGACUUGGUAAAAUCAGAGAUCAACUCUCCUCGGUGGCUAAAUAGUUAUGAUUGAUU